AUGAAGUCGUCUCUCCUUCUCGCCGCUCUCCCCUUGGCUCUCGCCGUGCCGCGGCCUAUACUACCGCCGAUAUCUUUCGGCGUACCUUCUCCUCCCCCUGCCCCGACUUUGGCCUCACCAAACACACCGAAGCAUAACGGUGUGCCCAACUCACCUCCGUCUUAUGGCGCACCGGACUUUCCUGCAGUGACAGCAACAGUGACAACGACGACUCAAUACAUCAUCAUCGCCCAGCUUUCGGACACGACUUUUGUUUCCAUGCUUGGCAAUUAUCCGACUGCACUUCCGUGGAAUCACAAUCCGGCGACGACUGCUAAUUCGUCGUCGACUGCUGUUCUACCGACUGUUAUUCUACCGACUGUUGUUCCACAGCCUGGUGUUCCACCGCCUGGGAUUCCAUCGCAUGUUGUUCCACCGAUUGUUACUUCAUCGUCUCACACUUUAUCGUCUCUUACUUCGUCGUCUCUGACGUCGUCGUCUCUGACGUCGUCGUCUCUUACUUCAUCAAGUGUCUCUUCAUCAAGUGUCUCUUCAUCAUCUGUCUCUUCAUCAUCUGUUUCUUCAUCAUCUGUCUCUUCAUCAUCUGUUUCUUCAUCAUCUGUUUCUUCAUCAUCUGUUUCUUCAUCAUCUGUUUCUUCAUCAUCUGUCUCUUCAUCAUCUGUUUCUUCAUCAUCUGUCUCUUCAUCAUCUGUUUCUUCAUCAUCUGUUUCUUCAUCAACUCGUCUUCCAUUAACCGCUUCUGUAUCGACCACGUAUGUUCUCACGCCCGUCACUACAACGGCUACUACUCCAUCAACUAUUGCUCCCGCUCCGACAACCACUAUUAUUCCGACAACCACUAUUACUCCGACAACUGUUUCAGUAGAUGUUUCGACAAAAGUUGUUAUACAAACUGUCACAACGGCUAAUCCUACGACGCAUUGGACUACUAUAACAAAGACUGGGUUUGAACCAGUCGGAUUUAUAGAUACACUCUGCGUAGAUCUUGAUUGGGCCCAUACAAAAUGUUAUGCUACAAUUACCGAGCAAUGGCAGCUUAUCAAAGGCCCCCCGCCGAGUACACUCGCCCCGUGGACCUUUCAUUACCCGACCACUACCGCCGCGUCAAGCUCUACAUAG